AUGGGUCAAGAAGUCCUGAAAAGUUUAGGAAUUAAUGAACCUAAUAAUCAUCCUAAUUUUUGGAUUUAUCCACAAAGAGUUAAGCACGAUUUACAAAUAAAAGAAAUUUUGGGAAAAUGUCAACAACCUAUUAAUAAAAAGAAACCAGGAGCACCUGAUUUCACUAUCCGCCACCAAACAAAAGAAGUAGUUCUAUUAAUUGAGACCAAAACUAAACUUAAAUCUCAUCAAUCUCCAAGUUUAGAAAAGGAAUUAGAACCUGCUGAUUAUAAUUUGGAUGGUUUACUAUACUUCGCCGAGUUUUUUAAGAAAGAAUUUAAUGUUUUAGGCUUGGCUAUCACAGGAGAAAGACAGCAAGAAUUUGACUUAAAAAGUAUUCGUAAAGAAAAAGAACUUUCACUAGUUGAAGAAUACUUUUAUCAUUUCUUACCCAAGAAGAAUAAAUCUGAUUUAAACAUAAAAGAAAUUAGAGAUACUGCCAAAGAAUUGAAUGAAAUUAUUUAUUCAGGUUUAGGCUUUUCGGAAAGCGAAAAACCCUUUUUUAUUAGUGCUUGCUUGUUAGCUUUGAAAGAUGAAGAUUUUCAGAACUUUUUUGCUGAAAAGAAAAAUGUCAUUUCUUCUUGUCUGAAUGCUAUCAGCAACAAAAUAGAUGAGUAUGCUAAGGCUGAAAGCGAAGUAGAAAAAUACAAAAGUCUUAAAGUCACCCUAACUGGAACAAUUGAAGAUAAUAAAAAACUUGCUUCCAUUUCUAAAAACAAAGAAAAUUCUUUUGUCAAUAUCUUAACCAAAAUCAAUCAAGAAGUUUUUCCUUUUCUAGACAAAGGAGAUGUCAUUGGUGAAUUUUACCACGAGUUUUUAAAGUAUUCAACGGGAGAUGGAAAAAACCUCGGUAUUGUUUUAACUCCUUCGCAUAUUGCGGACUUGUUUUGUGAAAUCAGUUUGAAACUGCUAUAUUCAGAAAAAAAAUACGAAAAAAGAAAGUUUACUGAAAAAGACAAAAUCUUGGAUGUUUGUUGUGGAACAGGAACCUUUUUGGUAAAUGCUUUUAAGAAAGAAGUCGACAAAGACAAGGUUUUCGGAGUAGAAAUAAAAUCCGAACCUUAUAAUUUGGCUCUAACUAACAUGAUUUUAUGA